AGCAAUUGGGGACUUCACUCUGACCACCAUGAUAGGAACUCCAAUAAGCAAAAGCCAAUUGAUACUUGCAUAUCAAAACAUACACACACAAACAUUCUCUAAAAAAUCCUCUAUCACCUAACUCACCUAUCUUCAACUCAAGGCCCUUUAGUCUCAGCUAGCAGCAAGUGUGAGAGUGUUACACAACAUGGAAUAUACUUAUUCAGCAGAGGGUGCAGAGGCUGAAACUUACACCAGUAGCAGCACCACCCCAUCAAGUGGCAUCAGAUCAAAGAAGAAAAGCAACAACACAAGAAGGUUCAGUGAUGAUCAAAUCAAAUAUUUGGAAACCAUGUUUGAGACAGAGUCAAGGCUAGAGCCUAGAAAGAAGUUGCAGCUGGCAAGAGACCUUGGAUUGCAGCCAAGACAGGUUGCUAUAUGGUUUCAGAACAAGAGAGCUAGGUGGAAGUCAAAGCAACUCGAGAGAGACUAUGGUAUACUACAAUCCAAUUACAACAGUUUAGCCUCACGUUUUGAAGCUCUCAAGAAGGAAAAACAAACAUUACUGAUUCAGUUGCAGAAGCUGAAUCAUCUAAUGCAGAAGCCAUUGGAGGCAGGUCAGAGUCGGACACAAGUUGAAGCAGAAAACAGAAUGGACAGUGAAUCAGAAAAUGGAGGCACCAUGAAAUGUGAGCUCGAGGAAAAGCCAAGCCCAUCCAUAGAAAGAUCAGAACAUGCACACGGCGUUCUGUCUGAUGAUGAUGCUAGCAUAAAGGCGGAACACUUUGGCCUAGAAAAUGAACAUGGUCUCUUGAACUUUGCUGAGCAUGCUGAUGACUCCUUGACUUCACCGGAAGAUUGGAGUGCUUUUGAAUCCGAUGGUCUCUUAGGCCAAACGACCAGUGAUUACCAAUGGUGGGACUUCUGGUCCUGAAUGAAACAGAACAACCAAAAUUUUGUGAAGGAAUAUGUAUGCAUACAUAUUAAUGCUUCAUGUUUGGUUCCAUAUUUUGCAUGCAAAUCUUCACAUCAACCCAGAUGCAGCUAGUUAUAGCUUCUA